AUGCCCGAACACAAUGUUGAAAAGGAAUCAUUGUCAACACAACUCAGACAUGGUGAUGUGGAUACCAUCGAGACAAAUGCACGUUACCUUGCUUAUGCAAGCCGUAUCAGAACCGCCCUCAUGGCAUCGACUCGCUACUUGGCCUAUACAUCGGAUGUGGGUGAAGCAUUUCGCCCCGUAGUUUCGCCGUGGACGGUAAAAGCGGCAUAUGGAGUCAGCUGGGGUUAUCUUGCAUUUGAUGUCAGCUACGAGGCGUACAAGGCUGCCAAAGAAGGAAAGGAUAAUGCCGCCAUUGGUCUCAUGGCAGUCAAACGUGGCGUUUUCCAGUCACUAGCAUCCAUGGCAUUACCUAUGAUGACUAUUCACUCGAUUGUAAAGUUUAGUGCCAAACAUGUAUUCGAAAAGGCCAAGAGCCCAAAAUUGAAAAUGUGGGGUCCAACAUGCAUGGGCUUAAGCGUAGUUCCCUUUUUACCCUUUAUAUUUGACCAUCCAGUCGAACAUGUCGUAGAUCGCGUCUUUGAGCCCAUUGAAAAGAAAGUAUAG